AUGAAGUACAUGCUUCAAAUCAGAACACUCGAUAUCAAAGGCUCUGACCAUUUCUCAAAUCACACCGGUGAUGUGAAACCCGCGCUCUUCGUGUUGCCGGAGCAGAUUUCCCAGCGGUUUGAUGGCCAUAAGGAAAAGUAUGAGGUGUGCCUGUCGAUUCGUAUAACGAAGCUUCACCCAAUCAGUGAAAGCGCCACCGCAGCCUAUGCGGUCGAGCACCUGAAACGUAUAGUCCCGAUUGACCAGGUUGUAUGUCUUCUCAAAGUCGAGAACCAUGGCAUAGACUUCCACUUUGCGAGCAGUUCCUGCUAA